AUGGACAAAAUGGAUUAUCAGGACAAUCAUAACGAUAGCGAUUGGGAGUUUGAGGAUAGCGAUGAAAAUGAUGAACUAUUUACUAAAGCUACACAGCAGGUACAAAGAACACACGACAAAUUAUUACCCAAUGAUUUACUGGAACUCUAUGGUUUGUAUAAACAAGCUACUGUGGGCCCCUGUAAUACUUCAAAACCGGGUAUGUUUAGCAUGCAAGCACGGGCGAAAUGGUGUGCCUGGCAUGAUUUGGCCGAUAUGCCCAGUGACAAGGCCAAAGAGUUGUAUAUAGAAAAAAUUAAACAAUUAGAUCCAAAAUGGUAUGAAAAUGUACAAAAUGGUGUUAAAUCGAUGGCAGGAGGGACAGGUUGGGUAGUACAUUCUAUAGAGCUACCACCGGAAGAUCUUAAUGCAAAAGCAGAACACGAAAAAGACGUGUUUGAUUUUGUUAAAGAUCACAAUCUGCAACGUUUAAAGCAAACGAUAAAAACCUCUGAUUUUGAGCUAUUGGAUGAACAUGGCAUGGGACUUAUACACUGGGCCACCGAUGCUAAUGAUUUAGAAAUUUUAGAAUUUCUUUUGAGUUCCGGCUGUCCGGUAGAUUUUCGUGAUGCUGAACAACAGUCAGCUUUACACUAUGCUGCUUCCUGUGAUCAUUUGGAGUGUGUGCAAUUGUUGCUGCGUUUUGGUGCCAAUAAAAUGGCUCAAGAUGCAGAAGGUCAAACGUGUGUGGACGUAUCUAAUGAUCCUAGUAUACGUUCAUUAUUAGAAUCUUAAAAUGAAUACAUUUUUUAUAUAUAUUUCUUUGCUUUUAUUGUAAUAAAAAAUAUCUAAACUAAAA